AUGGCCAGUCGAGAAUCCGAGAAGGCGCAACGCUACAUUGUCGCCCUUGACAAUGCGCGCUGCCAGAAUAAAUGGGAGGAGGUACCGGAGCUCGUUCGGAAGAUCACCAAACAUGCUCCGCACCGAUCUUGCCUCAUCCAAGUAGCCUCAGCCGAACAUCAAGUCGCCAUCGACCUCAGCAAAAAUCCCUCGAAUUCCCGUCCCUCCUCCGCGGCCUCCUCCACCCUCCCCGAACUGAUUCCCUCCCUACUCUCCACCAUUGACCGCGGCGACAGUCCCCGACAGGACAUCUUCCAGGCCCAAGUGUGUUUGGGAUGGCUACAUUGGACCCUCCAUGAGCCUGGGUUGGCCGUCGCCCGACUUCCCAAGGACUUUGGCGAAUCCCUCAAGGCUAUCGCCAGUGCCGGGGAGGACCUGACGCCGUGGACCAAAGUCUGCCUGGUUAAAGGAUGCUAUAUCAAGGGAGCGGCGCAGCACACCGUAGCCGGGGCCGACGAGGCCCUGGAGACGCUCGAUUCGCUGACCCUGUGGCUCAAUGGCUACAGUCAGGCCGCAUCGCUCAACAACCCCCAGUUUCUGCAGUGGUCCGAGCAGUUGGUGGCUGAAGGGGCUCUGUUGGCCGGCGACAAGGCCUGCCAUAUGGCCCCCCGCGCGGACGACAUCCUGCUGCAAACCGCACUGCGACUCUUCCGACUGUGGUCCACCCACCCCCACGUCAAGCGCGGGGGUGCCGCGCCCGCCUCCCCGCGGGAGGCCAACGCCAAGUCCCUCAUCUGGAAAUCUUACUACGACCUUCUGUCCGCCAUCCUACGCCAUGGGCUGCCAUACACGCCUCAGGCAAACGGGCCCGCGCGUCCCCAGCUGGCCAGCGAGCUCCGACUGGUUGAAUCCACCUGCGAGUCCAACUUGCUCCGCGAAGUCAAAUUCCCCACCGCCAGCUCGCGCAACACCCAGGUGGAGGAAUGGGUGGAGCAGGUCAUUGGGAACUGGGGGGUAAUUGGGGGUUCUCAGUGGACCGACGAGGAACUGGGCGACGGUGGCCAGGUAGCCGUGGGCCGCGCCGUCCUCGACAUCCUUUACCGCGCGGCAACCAAGACCUACCACUCACACCUAAUCUUGCGCCGGCUAUUCCAGGUUCACGCGUCCCUGGCGGACUUCGAUCUCGCCCUCAAGGCGUUGGAUGCGUACAUCGAGAUCGUCACGGACGCCAAGGAACGCGCCGCUAAGGGGGCCCAGUUUGGGGCGACGGAAAGCGACGGGACCUUUGUGCGCACCUUGUCGGAGGCCAUUGUCAUGCUCGGCUGCUUUGGCGCCAAACCUCAGGCUGAAAAGGCACGAGAGCUGGUGGACCUCAUCAAGACGGUCCUCGCCCGGCACGUAGGGGAAGGGGACGACGACAGCGGCGCGGACGGGCAGCUGGUGGCCGCCGGGACGCACUCCCCUGCCUCCCCGGCGGUGGCCCCGGGGGAUCUGGCGACGGCGUACCGGGGCAUCGGCAUCGGCCUGGCCAACUGGGCGUACUGGACCCCGGUGAACGAGAAGCGAGAUGACAUCCGCGCCGAGGCCAUCGAUUAUCUCGAACGCAGCCUGGACCCCGCCCUGGGGGACGACACCAACUGCUCGUCGCUUUACACGCUGGCCAUACUACUUGCGGAGGACCGCGAUCUGGAUGGCGCGGUGGACUACGUCAAGUCGGCAUUGACCGCCCCUGGUGGACCGUCGCCGCCCCAGGCGCAUUUCGUCCGGGAGAGGGACCUAGUCCCGAUGUGGCACCUCCUGGCGUUGCUCCUCAGCGCCAAGCACGACUUCGACAUCGCCGAGCGUUCCUGUGAAGCCGCGUUCGAGCAGUUCCCCAACGCAGUCACCUCCCUGACGCACGGCGACCGACGCGCCACCAAGUCACCGAGCAGCCCGGAUCCAUCCAACGCGGCCGGACUGACUCACGCCCUCAUCCGUCGCCUGCGCGGCCGCGAGAAGGAGCGCAUCCUCGAAACCCGCAUGACCCAACUUGCCUUCGUGGAGCUGGUGGAGGGCCCCGAGGCCGCGGUCAACCACAGCGAGCAACUGCUCGGUCUCUUUGCCGCCCUGUUCGACGACCUGGAUCUCUCGUCGGAGGAGCGGAAAGAGCCUGCGGACCAUCUGACCCCGCCCAAAAGUUCCGCUGGGUCCACGCGGACCUUCCGGGGCAGUAUUUUUGGCCGCAGCAGCAAAGUCCCGCGCAUCCCCGAACCGGUCCCCGGGAUUCCGCCGGAUAGCCCACACGUUUCAUCGCGUGCGGCGGAGUCCCCCGCCACCACAGACGCCCCGCCCGCGAUCCACGUGUCCGACGACGCCCGACACCACACCCCAGAGGGUUCCGCCGCGGUAUCCCGGUCGAAUUCCCAGAGGGUCCGCAAGCGCAGCAGCGGCCGGAGACUGGGGGCCGACCCCGUCAACGGGGACGGGGAGUCGGCGGGAGUCCACGCGAACGGCACCCGGUCCCCGCCCGGCUCGCAACCCCCCAACGCACGGCACCCGCUGCCUCCCAUCCCUCACAAUAUCAGCCACGACCGGCUCCCCCCACCGGCGGGGCACGCGGCUCAGCCCCCGACGCACGACGUCCGGGUGCCGAGCUCGUACAGUUUCGACUCGCCGGCGCAGGUGGUGACCAAGUUGCCGCGCGUCCAGUCCCAGAAGCACGCGCUCGGGUUGCUGGUCAAGACCUGGCUGCUGAUUGCGGGCCUCUACCGCCGCGCGUCCCUUUAUGACGACGCGGCCGAGGCGUCGGAGGAGGCCGCCAAGCAUGUGGCACGCGUGGAGGCGCUGGUGGCGGCCGAGGACUCGUCCGCACGGGGCUUCCGGCAGCGUGGCUGGGCCGUGGGGCGGAGCGCCGACGAGCUGCGAGCGGACCUCUACACGGAGCGGGGCCUUUUGUCCACGGCCCAGGGGCGCGCGCACGAGGCCAUGGGCCACUUCGAGGACGCCCUCCUGCUCGACUCGGAUCACCCCAAGGCGACCAUCUGCCUGUCCACCCUGCUGUUAGACAUCUGGGACCGCAAGCUCCCCUUGGAGCUAGUCGAGCCGGAGAUUGAUCUGGACCCGUCCCUGCAGGCCCGGGUGCCGGCGGCGCCCACACCGGAGCAGACCUCCAAACGGCUCAGCCGGGGGCCCAACUUCUCCCUGGGUGCGCACCUGGACAAGCGACAGUCGCAAGCCCUGGCGGCGCCGGUCCUGCCGGCACCGCAAGAAGACGAAGCCAAGCUGCUCAACCGAAUCUCUGCGCGCGAGCGGGCGCACGCGCUGCUGUCGGCGCUGACGAAGCGCGGCAGCUCCUGGGACAACAGCGAGGCGUGGUUUGUGCUGUCGCGGGCGUACGAGGCGGAGGGCCAAACGGAGAAGCUUAAGGAGGUGCUGUGGUGGUGCAUUGAGCUGGAGGACCGGCGGCCCAUCCGACAUUGGUCGCACCUAGGGUCGGGGGUGUACGUGCUGUAA